AAGCAGUGUUCGUUUUCUCGAUAAUACUAAAACGAAUUAAACAGCUUCAGUGUUGCCCGCUAAAGAGAACAUGUACAAUUGUUAUGAAUAUAGUGAUAUAUUCUUUGUUGCUAGAACUCUUUCGUCUGGUUGAUGUCAGUGAUGGCCAUCAGCUGUGGGUCUGGAUGUUGAAUUCUGUGUUGAUAGGCGUCCGUCGAUGUAGGUAAACAAUGGCCGCAGAGAAUGUAGGGGAUUCAGCCGCAGACAAGCGACACGUUUAUAAGACAGCUGAAUCGCUUUAUAAACUCGGUGUAGCUGCUGUUGUAAAUAAUUAUUCUACUUUUAAAGAUGAAAUACGUUCAUUGCCUGCCAGCCUUCUGUUUGAUUUAUAUUACAAGUUAUACCAAGAUCAAACACUCUGUUUACUGAAUCUCGAGUUCACGGAUAUCGAUGUGUUUUCAACAAUGUUAAAAGUUUCGAAUAAAAGACUGCAGCUGCUAAGAAGUUUCCAGGCUCUGAUGGACCACAGUAGGAGGAUUACAAAAGACUUAACUGCUGCUUAUAUCCGUAAAUGUAACAGUGUCCAGUUAGAUCCUUCAUCUCGAGAAAAUGUGAUUGAUCUAGGUCUCAGAUUAGGUAACUUCCUUGGUGAUGCGGGAUGGUAUGCUGAGAGUGAAAAAGUGCUGGUAACCUGUAGAGACAUUUGUUAUAUGUCUGACGGGUCUAUUUAUUGCAUCCAGAAACUGCUGGAAUGUUGUCACAAAUUACUUCAUACGCAAGCGGCUUUUUACAAUUUUGAUGGCGCAGAGCAGACGUUUCAACUUGCUUACAGUUUAGUCCAAGAGCUAAGAAAGACAGAUAACACCACAAAUCUUGCAGGAUUAUUUACGGAGUUUUCUGUCUUGUAUUUCUCAAGAAGUGAAUAUGCCGAGGCAUAUCGGUGGAGCAUAGACGCAUUACAUCAGGCAGCAUGUGGUGUUCCCGUUCACGUAAUAGUUGAUGUGCUGCGGCAGGUUGCGAAAUCUUGUGUUGUGAAACGAGAAUUUAAGAAAGCAGGACUUCUCUCUCGUCAGUCAGUUUAUCUUGCUAGGGAAGUGUUUGGUGUCAAACAUCCCAAAUACUCAGAUGCUUUAAGUGAUUACGCAUUUUUUCUUCUGAACUUCGAUCUGGUUCGACCAAGCGUUGAUGUAUUUACGAUGGCACUGAAAAUCCGACAGGAGUUAUUUGGAGAAAAUAAUCUUCAUGUUGCUAUAGCCCAUGAGGAUUUAGCGUACGCUCUGUAUGUUCACGAGUACAGCUCUGGCAGGUUCGGACUGGCUAGGGAACAUGCAAAUAUUGCAAUCCAGAUAAUGCAGAACAUUCUCCCAGAAGAUCAUCUGAUGUUGGCAUCAGUGAAGAGGGUCAAAGCUCUGGUCUUGGAAGAAAUAGCACUCGAUGGACUUUUAUCCAGCUCUGGUAUGCAGGAAUUACUAGCUGAAGCAGAAGAGCUUCAUUUGUCAGCGUUGAAAUUAUCCCUUGCUACUUUUGGUGAAAAGAAUGUGCAAACUGCUAAACACUUUGGGAAUCUGGGCCGUCUGUACCAGAGCAUGAAGAAGUUUGAAGAAGCAGAAACAAUGCAUUUAAAGGCAAUAGCCAUAAAAGAAGAGCUAUUAGGAGAAGAUGAUUAUGAAGUUGGUUUGUCUAUAGGUCAUCUUGCUAGCCUGUAUAAUUAUCACAUGAAGAAGUACAAAAAAGCUGAAGCACUUUACAAGCGAUCUAUUGAUAUCAGUUUAAAGCUGUUUGGUGAAAGUUAUUCCGGCCUAGAGUAUGAUUACAGAGGUCUCGUGCAUGUAUAUCAUGAACUUAAAGAAGUUGACAAAGUUGCUGACUACACAUACUUAUUGAACAACUGGAAACUUCAUAGAGAUAUCACGUCCCAGACAGAAUAUGAACCUAUUGACACCGAUGGUGAAGUUCUUUCAAUAAGUGAUAUCACAGCACAGUUUUUCCAGCCUAACUGAAUGAGGUGUCAUGUUUGAGUGUAAUACUCUGUCAAAAAAAUUAACCUCCUUCCAUAGGAAGGAGCAUUGUGCCACAGCUUUAAGUGUUUUGUGAUUCACACAGAAUUCACAAGUACCUGGACACAGAGUAUAUACUGCCAUUCCUUCACAUGUGCAUUACGUGGAUAGAUAGCUUUGUCCUUUUUUUAAUUUAAAAGAACAUGUUUUAUGUUGUUUUGUAUUAUUUUAAAAUGUUUACUUUUUUAUGUUAAUUGUGGCAAAGAUACUCCAUUCAAAGCUUGCUGUCAAGUUAUUGGUAAUAACACUGGUAGUAAUCUGUUACACUUAGGCGCUGGUGUUGUACCCCACGUUAUGUAUGUUGUUGUUUUAAAAUUGUCAUGUACAUACUUGAGAAUGUUUAAUGUUGUGACAAUUGUCUGCAACUUUUUGCAUUUAUAUAAUUUCAUUUGUGAAACGCUGUAUAAAGAAUGCCAGUAAUAUUUGCUGGUCUUUUACUCUUAGUUGUGAUGUUUUAUAUCUUUUAAUAUGUAAGAUGCAUGCUAGUCAAUAGUUCAUUUUGAGAAAACGUGUCCAGUAUUGAUGUGAUGUGCACAAGGAGCCAUGAAACAAUGUCUGUGUAUGGUACUUCCCUUUUAUAUAAAUUAUCUGACCAAGGCAGAGUUGUGACAGUUCAUUUCAUAUUUGAGUUCAUUGUUAUAGUGAAAUUUUAUUUCCAUCUUGUUCUCCCGCUCCACUUCUCUCUCUUUUGUUUUCCUCACCUCCUGUCUGCCUUUAAAACCCUAUCCCCCCACCCCCUUUAAAAUUAACUUAUUUGCAAUUUUGACUGUUUUUAGUAAAUAAAAGAAAACUUGAGGUAACAAUAAAAUUCAGCAUAAAGGAUGUGACCAUGACGCCUGAUACAAACUUUUCAAACCAAUGCCUUGAGCUCGAGUACCCCUUAGGGAUUUUAUUGAUUCAUCUCUACGGUGAAUGUUGACAAGUCUUCAUUCCAGAACUACGAAUGAUGUAGCCAUACUUCCAUUAUUUAAGUAUGUAUACAUUGUCUACAUUUACGGAAACUGAUUGUUAGUCCCUUCUUCAUUGCAGAGUAAUUUUUUGCCAUGAAAAUACCAGAACAAAAAUUAGGAGCUUUUGUACCUUGGUAGACCAGACUGUGAACAGCAACCUAUCCCCCCCACCCCCCACCAGUUAUUUGUGGUUGAGUUAACAGUGUCUUUCACAAUUUUUUAGUAGUUCCAUGACUAAAGUUUUGGUCGUGGGCCUGCAGUAAGAAUUAUUACUGCUUUAUAUCUUCAUUUUUUGCCAUAACCAUGUAUGCUAUUUAUUGCGUGCAGUCAUCACGGUGGCCAUUCUCUGCUGUGGAGAGAAUUUGUACAUUCUCGUGUGUUUUAACGAUCACCUCUUUGUCAGCUUUGCUUAAAUUGAAAAAUUUAAUCAUCGUGUUUCAUUGAUCAACAUGGACAACUGUUUUCUUCAGUGUCAUCCAUUUUAAUAAGACUUCAGCAUUUAUUUGUUCCAGAAGUAAAUUUAUCAACUUCACAGUAGUUGUACCAAUAUUUUUCUAGUAAAUGAAUAAAUGCUAAAAUAUCACUAAAUGGGGUGGAGUUUUUAAUACUUGUGCCUGUUCAGGAGAUGUCUAAGGUUCAAACAUUUAAUGAAGGACAUGGAAAAACUGUUGAAAGUAUUUCUAUAGCAAUGAUAUUUGCAGAGGAUCGUGGGAAUUGCCCAUUCAGGAGGUUGUGCAGUGCAAAAAGAGUUGAAUUUUAACCAAUAGUCAGACUUUUUGCAGCAACUGCAGCUCCUAAUUGUGUUUGGUUUUGAUUUUUGUUAUGUCUCUUAAUUCAUUAGUGAGACACAAAUUUCCAUGCAUAUAUGAUGCAAGCAUAUGCACACUGUCAUACCCAAAAGGAAUGGAGGGAACUUAUAAAAGAAAAGAAUUACAUAUGAAGCAGUAAUAACAAAAUUGUUCCUGCAAAAAAAAGGGGGGGCACAGACAAAUUGAUGUGACUGGAAAAAACUAAAACAAUCUAGCAGAAAGUGGAAAUUUGACAAUUAUAUUGUAAGAUCGUGGUCAGAUAUAGAGCUGUUAGAAAUUAACAGUUUGGAACUGAAGCACAUAUAGUUAAAGGUAAGUCAUGAAAACCGGAACAACAACACAAGAAACAGCAACCAUUAGGAAUUUUAUUUGGCUACAACAGAAACAUUCUAUUCUUCUCAUUUCUGUUUACAAAUUUCCUUUAAUGUGAAACAUUAAAUGUAAGAUAAUCUGUGCACUACACCACUUUUGUUAAAUUUUUUAGCCUUGUAUAGAUGUUUGUGAAAUUAAAUCAGUGAUGGUAUCUCUUUUGUCAACUUACAUUCUAAAGCAUGUAUUUAAGAAUGUAUAGCUUGUUGAUAUGUUAUGCAGCCUCGCUAAGAAUUUUUUUCGUGGGGAGCUCUCUAAUGUAGUGGCAGUUUUACAUACCUCAGCAAAUAGGAAUGUGACAUUUCUUUGAUAUUACACCAAGUACUUCUUGUUAGGGAGCAAAUUUGUGAAAUGUCAUGUGAUUAUCUAAUUUUCUUGUAAUUUUGUCUUUGCAUGACCUGAGGUUACAAUCAUUUUUAAAUAUACAAAGUUUCACAUUCUUUUUAUGCCCUCAGUCAAUUCCCAUGAUGAGAGACAGAGGUGAUCUUAUUGUCAGUUUUUGGCGCACACACACACACACACCUAAUACAUCAUGUAUAAUGGCCUGCCUACAUAUGUAGUUUUGAUAUCUUUAUUCAGAACCAUAGACUAUUGUCCAUUCUUUUUUGUUAUGCUGUAUGAUGUGUUUUGAAAAUCUUGAUUCUCUUUGCACUAAAGGUUGAGCUCUGUUACUGCAUAAUUUGAUCUUGUAUCAUAAUUUUUCUUUUGAGAAAUAACCUAAUAACACUUUUGAUAACAUGUUUAGUCACUGUAUCAUUUUCUAUUCCAUAAAACUAUUUCCUUACUAUAUUGUUGAAGUUGCAUGUGUCUCAAUAGUACUCCUUAACAUGACCUUUAGUUGUAUGUUAAAGGACACUUGUUGCUGACAGCCUUCAUUUUCAUGUAAAAGUGUAAUUUUUAAUACCUUCUCCACAAUAGAUAUUUAAAAGACUCUUCCUUUUUGUAUGUGACAAUUUUCUUCUUCUUCUUUUCCUCUUUUAACCUUUUUUAUGUUGGAUUUGUUGGUCAGUGUAUAUAUUGCCUAGCUUAAUCUCUUACAGUGAGGUACAUCGUAUUGUGGAAAGCAAGUAAUGGUCGUCUUAUGAAUGAUAUUGUACCUUAUCAUCCUGAUUAUCUUGGGUCAAGCAGAAUAAAAAUGUAAGAUAAUAUUUUAACAGAGAAAUUUCCAUCUCGGUUACAAUAUUUUGUCUUAAUACUGUGUAGUCUGUGUUACUGGGGGUGUGAGAUGAUACACAAUAUGUGCUGCAUUUUGAAUAAGUACAAAGAAUUCAUAGAGCUGUGGAAAGGAGUAUUGGAUAGUUAUGAAACAAGGGCAAUCUGUCAGAUUCAGUAAUUAAGGGAUCGUUGCUGGUGAAGAGACAAUGGCUUGGAAGUAUAACAACUGGGUUAAGAAGAUAAUGAAGGAUAGUUAGAAUAAUGGGGAUUGACUGGUAAAGAAUGGGGAUAAGAAACCACUGAAAACCGGCAUAAUGUUGAGAUAAGACUCAAUUGCUUUUGUUUUCUGCAUUUUUUUCUCCUUGACUUCUUUAAAUCCAGGUGACUUCUGUACUGUUACUUCCUUUCCUUUUCUUCUCAUUGCACUCUGUAAUUGUGUGUGUAAUGUUAUAAAUCAUUUGAAACAUGUCUUUGGAGGGUGCAACAGUAUUUAAAAAAAAAUAUUUCUGUUUUCAUAGUUGGUAGAUGUUUAAUAUCUUCCACAACCUUUGAGAAAGUGUCAGCAUUUGAAACAGUAUUUACUUGUCCAGCUUAUUAUAAAAAAUUUCUGUUACUAAAAUGAGGCAUUGCAUUUACCUAUCAAAUGUUCUUCGAGUAUUUGUUCUGUAAAUGUAUUGACUUUUUUUCACAUUCUGGAUAGCUAAUUAUAAAGUCUUGUUAUAUAUUAUAUGUGAAUUUCACUUUUAUAAAAAUGAGCACCUUGAUAUUUAGGAGAGUUAUGUAUGGGUUUUGUGUCCAUGUUCAAACAAAUAACUAAUGGGGUUUGCUUUUCUGUACAUGCCGAAAGGUGCCAGAACAUUUUACAGCUGAACCAUAUGUUUCUUUUAGUAAAGUAACAAUUGUAGUGAUCAAAAAUUAGAGCAGAGUUAAUGAAGUCGUGAUCUUAGUGAAUGGACCAGAAUUCUCAUAACUUACCUGCUUUUGGCUGUGUUCAUGGAUGUUACGUUCUGAGAUGUUUUAACAUUGCAUGAUAAGUAUGUCCAAGACUAUUUCCAAUGUUAUUGUAUUCAUAAAUAGUAAUAUUUCCCAUGAAGCUAUUAUGUAAUAUAUAUUUUAAUAAUUAUGUUGAGCAACAUUUGUAAAGUAGUUCUUAAAUUAAGAAUAAAAAGUCUGAGUUCCUCACUUUUUUUUAAUAUGUGGGUUUAGUUUCUACAACUGAAUCUCUGUUUUGGAACUGAAGCUUUAUGGAAACGAGUUUUGUUUGUGAGUGGGGUUACAAAAGGAAGCAAUUAAAAAUGUUGUUAAACUUUCAUCUAUGUGUAAUAUGUGUUGUAGAAAUACGGAAUAUUGUUUUCUUUUGUUAAGUAGUUGUGAACAUCAUGUAUAGGAAUCAUUUUUAAAAAAUUAAAUAUUUUAGUUCUGUUA